AUUAUAUUGACGCCGCAAGUGUCCCGUCGCUAACCUGCCACCGGCAACGACAGAGAAAUUCCAGCAGAGGCUCCGGCGGCAACGACCAGAUAAUUAAGACGACGAGGCCGGCACGUAGGUCGUAGGGAGAAGCCAGCCGCGCGCGGGAACGGGAAUGGACGCGCUGUGCCCGCAGGUCCUGCACGUAGCCGUGGCCGGGCGCGCGCUGGCGGUGGUGGAGCGCGACGGCACGAGCGACCCGGCCACGGGCCGCGUCCUCACCGGCUCCUGGCUGUGGGAGUCGUCCCUGGUCCUGGCCGCGCACCUCGCCGCGGACCCCCGCGCCAGGCGCCGCCUCCGUGGCGCCACCGUCGUGGAGCUCGGCGCCGGCACGGGGCUCCCGGGCAUCGCCGCCGUGGCCUGCCUCGGCGCCGCGCGCUGCGUGCUCACGGACGUGGCCGCGCUGCUGCCGGGCCUCAGGGCCAACGCGGACGCCAACGGCCUCAGCGCCGCGCGGGCCCGCGUGCGCGAGCUCCGCUGGGGCGACCUGCUCCCGCUCGACGACGGCGACGGGAGGGUGGGCGUCGUGCUCUUGUCCGACGUCUUCUACGAUCCCGAGGACAUGCCGGCGAUGGCGGCCACGCUGCGGGGUAUGUGGUGGACGGACGAGGGCGGCGGCGGCACCGCGGGGUGGGCGGCGAGCGAGGUGCGGGACAGCGUGCUGGACUGCAUGGACGUGCUGCGGGAGCAUGGUUUUGAGGUGGUCGAGGUCGACAGGGUCACCACGCCGCUGCUGCGCGACCCCGGACAGAGUGCCGCCUUCGCCGUCUAUCGCAUCUCGCUCCGACAUGGCGACUAUGAGAACUUCAGUUGCUCGCUAAGCUGCUAGUAGCAUGUACACUUUGAAUUUGACGUUGCUUGUGCAGUAAGUCAUUUUCACUUUUCAGUUUGCAUUGUCGCACACUUUGCAUAGGAGUAUGACAACUUGCCCAUUCAAUUCGCUGCAAUUUGUAGCUCCGUUUU